AUGCCCACGACCCCAACACCGGUAUCGGUUUGGACAAUAUCGAUAGAAAAUGAUUGCCCAGAAGAUAACAGGCUGCUUCUCUCAAGAGUCAAGACUACAAGUGAUACAAGAUUUCUGCUUCAGUCAUCCAAGCACGCUGUAACCAGCAACAAGGGGAAGGAGAAAAUGAUCGAGUUACCAGCUAAAGGGACCGAUAUGUGGGAGUUACCAUUGAGAUACACCAAUAAAGGGAUUACUAUAGGCUCCCCACCAAGACCCCCACCUAAAGUCCAUGAAAAUCCCAUGAUUUCCAAAUCUAAAGAUCAAUCAUCUACGGAUAUGCGGACAGGAAUCAAAAAACGAAACAGGAGAAAUAAGCAACAAACUAUUGCUGAACUUGAACCUUCUUGUUGGAACAGGAUUUGUCCACAAGAUGUGGUUGACACUGGGAUACAUCUGAAUCCAGCUAAAAAGAAGCAUUCUGUUUGGUUCAGUUUAACUCCUUCCUGUGAUCAGAAUAGAAAGAACACUCUGCAACUCCUAGUGGAACCAUACGUACAGAUAAUCAUGGAGGAGAACUGUAAUCCAGAUGUGUCUAUUCUCAUGAAGUAUAUCGUGUUGCAACUUAAGCAUGUUUGCCAACAGGAGGUUGGUAUCUUCUUGAACGAGAAACUUCUUGCCCCGGAAAUGAAGCUACUUGAUGUGGUGAAGCAGUGGAUGGCUAUUGUUGAUUCAGAGAGGAAAAUAACCAAGAUAGGAAGUUCUGCCGAGAACUUCUGUGUGAAGCUGACUUAUGCUCGAAGAGAAUAGACAUAAUUAUGCAUUUAUAAUAAAAUCCGACAAAUGUUUAUUCCUUAAUUAUGCAAUUUAACCGAUUGACUUUUACAAUUUCUUGGUUAAUGCUGAUGUAAUGAAUUAAUUAGCUUGUUCCGUAGUGAUUAUUAGACUUUUAAAACUAAUAAUGGUUACAUUGUUUUUGAGUAAUCAACUAGCAAUGAUCUUUGAAAAUAACUUACACCAUAGUUAGGGC